AUGGAAAUUCGCGCGCAGUCACGUCGUGACUCACGAAUCCUCGAGAGGGACCCCCGCGGUGCUCACUUCUCAAUUUACCGACUCAACUAUAAGUCAUUCCAUCCGCCAAAGCAAAGCCCAAGAAGAAUACGUCUAUUCCUCGCUCUGAUGAUUGCAGUGGCCGUCCUUGCAUCUUGCAACGCUCUGCCGACUAAUAUUUAUGCUGAAACGAGGCUGCUGAGAUCAAUGAAGACAGCUGCCAACCAUGACGCGGCAGCAGAAGAACGUGGCGCCUUCUCGUACCAGUUCAAUUUCAACCUUUUGGAUGACAUUUUACACAUUUUGCCCGAUCAAUUCAAGAGAAUGAAAGACGAGCCAGAAUUUUUAAGAUUCAUCUUUGCCUCGUGGAAAUCGGGAUUUGGGACCUCAAAAGAAGCUGUCGCCUUCAUGAAAUCCCAAGGUCUAAAUGAAAAGUCGAUCAAACAAUUCAAGGCGGCAUAUAAGGCGUACCUCGCCCACAAACGUUUAUAA